GACCAGAAACGAAACUUCUUGCGAACAUAAACAUGACUUGCCGCCUUCAACUAACUUUCAUUUUAAUUAAUCUCCAACUCCAUUUCAGACUUCUUCUUCCAAAUUAACCAAUGAGUUUCCAGGAUCUUGAAGCCGGCGGUCUACGCCGACAACACUUGUUCGAUUCAAAGCAGAAACAACCGCAACAGCAACUCCAAGAUCCUUCUCAUGCUGUCGCUGCUGCUAUUUUCCGAAUCAAUACUGCUGUUUCCUCCUUCUAUCGCCUCGUUAAUUCCCUCGGAACCCCCAAAGAUACCCUCGAAUUGCGAGAUAAACUGCACAAGUCAAGGCUACAUAUUGGGCAAUUGGUAAAAGAAACUUCCAAUAAACUUAAGCAAGCCAGUGAAGCUGAUCACAAUGUGGAAGUCAGUCCCCUUAAGAAGAUUGCUGAUGCUAAGCUUGCUAAAGAUUUUCAAUCAGUCCUUAAAGAAUUUCAGAAGGCUCAGAGGCUUGCAGCUGAGAGAGAAACCACAUAUACGCCUAUUGUUUCCAAAGUAGUUCUCUCAUCCAGCAACACUGCUCAUGAGCCAGAUAUAAGUUCAUCAAGUAACUCAGAACAACAAGUACUUCUUCUUGAAUCUAAAAGACAAGAAUUUGUUCUGUUGGACAAUGAGAUUGCAUUCAAUGAAGCCAUUAUUGAAGAGAGAGAGCAAGGGAUCAAAGAGAUUCAAGAACAGAUUGGUGAGGUAAAUGAAAUUUUCAAAGAUUUAGCCAUGCUUGUACAUGAGCAAGGAGUUAUGAUCGAUGACAUUAGUUCUAAUAUUGAGAGCUCUCACUCUGCAACUGUGCAAGGAACCUCUCAACUUGUGAAGGCUUCCAAGACUCAAAAGUCUAAUUCAUCUCUGGUAUGAUUAUGUUACUUAAUGCAAACUACUCUGAGUUGCUUGCUGCUUGUGAUUUUUGGGAUCAUUUUACUUAUUGUCAUUAUAAUUGUUGUCGCUUAAGUUUCGUCAAGAGUUGAUUCAAAGCAUAGCUUCCUUGCUGUUUCCCCAGCAGCUUUUGUUCUUAAGACCUCCAUUCGUCCCAUGUAAUUCAAGGCUUUUGGAUGUAUUCAUUCAUAUCAGAUGACAUAUAAGCUAGUUAUUGUACAUAAGAAAAAUAAUCAUGGUAAAGCUUUGAUUCAAACGAAGUCCAAAUCCUGUGUAAAUGAUUCCUCUUAUUGACAUGAAUAAAUUUGAAAAUAUAUUCUGCA